AUGGAUGAAUUUCCACCAGAGCGUAUCCGAAACCUGAGCAUUAUUGCGCACAUCGACCACGGGAAGAGCACGCUCGCCGACCGCCUGCUCCAAAUGACCGACACCCUUCCACAGGAAGCCAAUGCGCAGUUCCUCGACAAGCUGAAGGUCGAGCGCGAGCGCGGUAUUACAGUCAAGGCGCAGACCGUGUCGAUUAUUCACACGCACACGGAUGGCAACAAGUAUCUCAUCAACCUGAUCGACACGCCAGGCCAUGUCGAUUUCAGUUACGAGGUGUCGCGAUCACUUGGGGCGUGCGAGGGUGGCCUUCUACUGGUGGACUGCACACAGGGUAUCCAGGCGCAGACGCUGAGCGUCUUCCACCACGCCGUCGAUGCCAACCUUAAGCUCUUGCCAGUCAUCAACAAGGUUGAUCUGCAGCAUGCCUCGCCUGAGGAGACCAAAGAGCAGAUCGCGCAGACAUUCGGCCUGCCCAUCGAAGAUUGCAUGCCAAUCAGCGCAAAGAGCGGCUUAGGUGUCGACACUGUUCUGCGCCAGAUCGUGGACGGUCUUCCGCCUCCCAAAUGGGAUGGGGACGGCAAACUUCGCGCGCUUGUGUUCGACACAUUCUACGAUCGCUUCCGCGGUGUUGUUUCGCUUGUCCGCAUCAAGUCGGGAUCAGUGAAGAAGGGCGACAAGGUCAGAUUCCUCCAGGCAGGGAAGAAGUACGAGGUCCUCGAGGUUGGCAUCUACAAUCCCGAAGAGGUGUCCGUUGGCGCACUGAAGGAGGGUCAGGUCGGGUACCUCAUUUGCAACAUGAAGAACUCGGAGGAGGCGCAUAUUGGCGAUACAGUGUGUCUCCUCAACGAGCCCACAGAUCCGCUUCCCGGCUUUCAGCCCAUGAAGGCGAUGGUGUACGCUGGCGUUUUCCCAAUGGACAACAGCGAUUUCCCCCAACUCGAGGAGUCGAUUGAGCGGCUGACGCUGAAUGACAGAAGUGUCUCCGUUGAACGGGAGUCGUCUGCGGCCCUUGGGCAAGGAUUUCGCCUCGGAUUUCUGGGUACGCUCCACAUGGAUGUCUUCCGGCAGCGCCUCGAGGACGAGUACUCCUCUAACGUCAUCAUUACCGCCCCAACUGUGCCUUACAAGGUGGUGUACCAGCGCGGCAAGCAGCAGGUCGAGGAAUUCAUCUCAAACCCCGCCGACUUCCCCGACACGACCGAUACGCGCAAUCGUGUGUCCUAUGUCGAGGAGCCUAUGGUGAAUGCCACAAUCUUCGUGCCAACUGAAUACGUAGGCGCCAUGAUGGAGCUGUGCGCCAAGUAUCGCGGAAUUCAGGAUGAGUAUAAGUUUUUGGACAACACCGACCGCGCGAUUCUGAAGUACCGUUUGCCUCUCGCCGAGAUUGUCACGGACUUUUUCUCUGAGCUCAAGAGCUCCAGCUCAGGCUUUGCUUCCUUUGACUACGAGGAGGGAGGGUAUGAGCGCUCAAACCUCGUCAAGCUCAACAUGCUCCUCAACCAAAAGCCUGUUGACGCACUCGCGCUUAUUGUGCACAAGGAUGCGGCGCAGUUCAUCGGACGGCAAUGGGUAAAGAAGCUCAAGGAUGUUCUCCCACGCCAGCUAUUCGAGCUUGCGAUCCAGGCAUCCAUCGGCAACAAGGUUGUCGCUCGUGAGUCGCUGUCCGCCAUGCGCAAGGACGUUACUGCGGGCCUCUACGGCGGGCACUACGAGCGCAAGAUGAAGCAUCUCAACAAGCAAAAGGAAGGCAAGAAGCGUCUUAAGCGCCUUGCAGGCGUCGGAGAUGACGGGGUACAAAAUGUGCUUUAA